AAUGUUUGUCUAUAAAUUUGGACUAGAUUUGGUUUAGUUUCAUAUAUGAAUUAUUAUUAUCUUUUAAAAUUUGUCAAAAAACAAAAUCCUUAUAUGAAAGUGUUUAAAAAUCUAAAAGCUGUUAAAGAAUAAGAGUAAAUAUGAUACAGCGUCCAAAACCUGGUGAAAAUGAAGAGGAUAUACUUCGCAUGCAAGCGGACUUCCUAAGAGAAAGGUCAAAAAAUGAAAAUAUGCAACCGUCGGCACAAGUUGUUAGUAUAUGUCAUACACAGCAUCAGACAACUAAAAGAACAAAUACUUCAUGUACUAAUAUUAGGAAACCUUCUAAAUAUGCGCAAUCGAAAGGGCUUACAAGUUACUCAGAAAAGCGGCCUCGUUUUGAGCCUAGUCUAGAUGGAGAAAUUUUGGAAAAAAAUGUCGACAUAACUAACAGCAAAGCUUCUCUAAUAGACGAUGAUAACGUUUAUUUCCCAAAAAUAUUACCAUUCGCUUUGGGCAAUAUUGUAGAAAAAAAUACUGAAGCAACUACUGACUUGCAAUACAAACCUUUUCCGGCACAAGGUUUUCCUAAUGUUUCCUCACAGAACCCGAGAUUAAGUAUGAAAAACACAAAGCAACAAGGUGAUCAAGUGAAAAAACUAAUCAAUAGUAAUGAAAUGUUAUUAGAUGAUUCGUCUAUAAUUAUUGAAAGUAGUGGGCACCUUAAUCUUCAAAAAAAAAGUUAUAUACUAACUAACCCGGGAGCAGAUGAACUUCAUAUUGAAAAUGUUAAAACUUUAAGUGGAAUGUCAGACAACGAAAUAUUAGAAGAAAGACAAAAGUUACUACAAAGCUUAGAUCCUAAUUUGGUAGAUUUUAUCAAGUCUAAAAGAAAUAAAGAAGAAGUCCAAUGUAAAAAAAAAGAAGUUGAAUCUAUGGAUAUAACUGAUAAUAAAGAUAAUAAUAGAGUUACAAUAAAAACUGAGGCUUCCCAGGGGGAAGAUAGUAUAGAUUAUGGUAGCUUAUGGGAGAAUGAUGUUCUUUCUCAUCCAAAUAUUGAUAAAUGGCUUCACUUUGAUGGCUUAGAGGUAGAUAAGUUGGAAUGGAUAAAAGGUAUUUAUGAUUCUAAGAUUAAGUCAAAUGAGCCAUAUGAGGCAAGGUUUAAUUUUAAUGGCUACCUGUUACCAUACACAAUGGAAUAUACUGAAAAGACUAAGGUCUUAUUUCACCAUGGAGAAGAGUCUCAUAGACCAGGGUAUUCAUUAACAGAGCUUAUUGAACUAUCAAGAUCAGGUGUCCCACAACAAAGGGUAAUGGCAUUGAAUUGUUUAGCUGGUAUUUUAGAAUACUAUAAUGCGGGAACAUAUAAAAAUAUUAUAGAAAUUCCUUUAAGUAAGCUGUUCUUCAUUAUACGUAUAUCUAUGGAUGAUAAUAAACUUAUAAUUUUGGAUCCAGCUUUAAAAGCUAUGAGAAAUUUACUAUAUAAUAGAAUAGACGAAGCUUCCCUAGAUGCUGUAAUUGGAUUUAAAGAAGGAGCAAUUCAGCCAUGUUUAGAGAAUGAUAAGUCUGAGAUUGAAGAAAUUGAAUUAAAAGAAUCUGAAAUAAAAGAUUUUCAUUUGGCUGAAAUUGACCUAAUUGCUGCUUUGAUAAGAACAGAUAUUCUACAAAGAUUAUUUUACAUUUUGGAUAAAAUAAAGCCUACUUUUAAUUGUGUACAAUAUACAUUGCAAAUUUUAACUCGGUUAGCAAGAGAUUCAUUGGAAACUGCAAGUAAAAUUGUUCAGACUGAACAUUUGAUGAAUGCUGUGAUUAAUUACUUUGUACCAAGCUGCAGUGUUAACUUUAUAUUUAAUCUAACCAUUGUAUAUAAGAAACCAAUUUUAGCGGCUUUAAAGUUUUUACGUGUUUUAACUUUGACCUCUAAAGAAAUUGGUGAGCAAUUAAUUACAAAUUACAAUAUAUUGAAACCUAUAUCCAAGUAUAUCACCUCGGGAGUCGAUGGAUCUUACGGAUUGAAAUUGCAGAUAGAAUCAUAUUGUAUAUUAUCGAAUUUACUGCAAUUCAAACUGGGAAUAGAGCAUGCUAAGUCGCUAUGUCCAGUAGUGCUAACAACACUAUUUAAACAUGUACAAGGAACAAGCAUAUUCAUAAACUCAUCAGUUUUAUCUGCAACUCAUUGUGCAGUAGUUCUGCAAUUUAUUGGUGGUUUAGUUAACUGUGAAAUUAAUAUGGAUUUUAAAGCACAGAUAUACCCAUUACUCAGAGAUGGAAUGCAGAAAUGGUUACUGCAUUUGACACAAAUUGAUACCUAUACUUGUGGCCAUUUAAAAUUGGUGUGUUCCAUUUUAAAUUGUUUUGAAAAUGUUUUAAUAACUGACAACAUUUCUACUGAUAUGUUAAAUGAAGUUCUUCCUAAAUUAAGUAAAUCUCAAGGAUAUCAAAAGCUAACAAAGAAUUUGAUACCUAGUUCAAAUUUAUUAUCAGGUAUAGAAGAUACAAAUCUACAUUUCACAAAAAAUUUAGUUUUGUUGGGAACAUUAGUAAUUGAUUCUCAAGAAAAAAUUCUUCCCAUAUUAAAUUCUGUUUCACCAUUUCCAGUUUUAGUAUCAUUAUUUGAACUAUUACAUGUUUUAAAUAAUAGGACUGUAUCACAAUCAUUUUUGGAGAAAACCCUUCCAUACUUACAACAAGUAACAAAUGCUAAACCAUGUUUGAUAAAUAACUGGUUUACAAGAAUGGAAGUAGAUUUCUUAUUUAGUUUAGUAAAACUUUCUAUUGAGUCGGAAAUCCCGGAAUCAUUAAAAGAUCUUGUUUAUGUUGUGGCAAGUAAGCUAUGUUACAUAUUUAGAAUAGACAGAAGAAAAGAGUUGAAUUACCUCUUUAUAAACAUUAUUUUUAAUAAGGAGUGGUUUACAGCUGAGAGGCUUUUCAAUCUUGUAUCCCUGUCUGAAGCAGAUGGUUUCUCUAAGGCGCUGACUAAUAUUGAAGAUAUAAAAUUAUGUUAUUGUAAAGUUGUGAAUUUGCACUAUGUGGAUACUGGACCAUAUAUUGUAUACAAGCUAUGGCAAAAUCCCAUCCUACCACGUGACUGGAUAUAUUUGCCUAUAUUAUCUUUAUAUAGUAAGAGUCAAGAAACUCCGGGUCCAGCAGUAGUUGGAAAACAUGCUACGAAAUUAAGAAAAGAAAUAGCAACAGAUAAAGAAAAUACAAUUUGCUGCAGCCUAGAGUGGAUUUUAUUCAAUGAAAUAUGUUUUCCAGACCUCUUGAACGAUAUUGAUAUUACAGAUAGAUUUUGUCGCAUAAUGUGUGUGUUUUUAUGUGAUAAUUCAUUAUUUUUAGACAAUAAGAUUAAAAUGCUUGUGUCAAAAUGUACACAGUUAUUGUUUAAAAAAGGAAUUAAGUUUGAUUUUGAUAAGGAGUUGGUUGGAUUGUAUAAUUUUCAAGAUUUUUAUACACAGUUUUUAGAGCAGUUUCAAUCAGUUAGUUAUGGAGACCAUAUAUUUGCUGCCUGUUUGUUAGUUCCAUUGGCACAAAGACACAAUGUGAAAUGGAGAAAACUGGUUUGGUCAGAGUAUGCAGGAUGCUUAAGAGUCCUUGAUUGUCCUGAAGCUUUAUUAUGUUACGGUAUAGAAGCUUAUCUUUAUCCAGAAGAAACUGACGAAUCUGUUUUAAAAUCAUAUCAUAGGGCUUUGACAUCUAAUUUACUCCGACCCGAAACAUUGGCUUAUAAAAUUGCACAUCAUCAUGUAGAAAGUUAUAAGAAACAAAAAUCGAUAUCUCAUAACUUAUAAUUUUUUUUAUCAUAAAUAAAUGUUUACCACUUUU